ACGACUUGUUCACGGUUUUGCGCCUUGGGCGACGUAUCCCGAGGACAACUCCUCCGGAAUGGCAGUUAGAAAGGCCACGAAGCAUAGCAUUCCUCACACGAAGGAAGAUUGCACCCUCGUUGGGAUCCUAGAGCAGGUCCACCCGGACUCACCCACUCACGGAAGCAAGAUCGCGCUGAUACUUCAUGGAACGAUGGGACACAAGGACUAUCUCUUCCAGAAACGUCUCGCCGCGCGGCUGCCCAUUGAUUCAUUCCGCUUUGACUUCAGGGGUAACCAUGAGAGCGGAGGCAGAUGGAAACAAGGUGCCUUCCGUGAGGACGUGGAGGAUCUCAAGGUGGUAGUCGCUUACCUGCGCACUACGUUCGGUUACGAAGUCGAUGUGGUCGUUGGCCACUCGCGUGGCUCUAUCGUCGGCAUGCAUUGGAUGUGUACGUCCGAGGAGGGGAAGUACGUCAGGGCCUAUGUCAACGCGUCCGGCCGGUACAGAAUGCACCGUAUUUACGAUGGGACUGAAGCUUGGAAAGAAGAAUUUGAUACCAAGGGCUAUCACGAAUGGAAGGUUACUGUCGCUCGUAAGGCUGUGGUCGCGAGAGUCUACCCCAGUGACUUGGCAGAAUUUGCUACUUGGGAUACAUCGAUCGUGUGGACUCAGUUUCCUCCUCAGGCUGACGUCCUGAGUAUACACGGUUUACUGGACAAAACAGUUCCACCCUUUGACGCCCUGAUUUACGCACGAGCGCUCGGCUCGCGGACGCCAGGAACGCAUAACCUUCAUCUUGUUGAAGAUGCCGAUCACAACUUCACUGGCCGUCAGGAUGAAGUGGUCGAUUGUAUUUUGGAAUGGUAUGAGGCACGGACAUCGGGCUCGCUCAGCUCAGGCAUUUGGAUGACCGGGAGGCGGGGCAAGCUGUAG